UCCCUGGUCACAGACCUGGAGGAGGCGGAGGAGCAGCACGCCCGGGCCCUGCGCAGCCACCUGCACAACAUCGACCGCCUGCUGCAGCUCCAGCGCUGCCGCCUGACGUGCCUGGAGGAGGGGUACGGUGCCCAGCUGGAGGCCCUGAAGACGGAGUUUGAGGCUGAGAGGACGACCAUCCUUCAGCAGCACGAGCAAGAAAACUGCUACCUGCAGAACAUGGCGCUGGCCAUGGAGCAGAAUUACGCCAAGAACGUCCAUGAGGCCACGCUGAAUUUCCAGAGCACCCGAGAUGACAUCAAAAACAAGAGCCUGCAGGAGCAGCAGUACAGCCACAUGCAGCUGGGUGGGAAGGUGGAGGAGCUCUGGGAGCAGUUCCAGCAGGCCAUGCAGAGCUACACAGAGGCCACGGAGCACCAGAGGAUCGCUUUUGAGGUGCUGAAGCAGAAGGACAAGAAGAGCUCCAGGGAGAUAGAGACACAGGCGAAGAGGCUGCAAAAGCUCCAGGACUCGGUCACAGCCACCAAGGGCCGGAUCGCGACUCACCUCCGGGAGAGCAAAGAGCAGAAUCGGCGUGUGCGGGAGGAGAAGGAAAGGGUCCUCAGGCAGCUCCAGGAGCUCAAGAGCAAGAUGAACCAGGCCAGGGCUCAGGCCCACGGCAGCCUGGCCAGGCUCACGGCGCAGAGCGGCGCCGCCCUGAAGGCGCUGGCACGGGUGGUGGAGAAG